GAGAUCCGCAGUUGAACGAACACAAAGAUGGCUUGCCAGCAAAUGAACUUGAGUCUGAUCCUAGUGCUUUUGAUGGCACUUGUUGCCUGCGAGCAACUUGUGGCCAAUGCCAAUGCCAGCAAGAUUGCCUACAAGAAGCCACUCUUUGGCAAAGCAGCCUAUGCCGCCAAGGAGAGGCGCCUCAAGCUGCGUUCAAGCAGCAGCAGCAGCAGCACCACCACCACCACCACCACCAGUACUCCCAGCACCACAACUGACAUGACGGAUUGGCCAGUGGAGUUUAUUAUAAAUACCACGCCGCGGACAACAUCCAGCAUGAAGCCAGCGGACAUAGCUACGACAAGCAUAGCCAGCAGCACCUUGGCGCAGGAGGCGGACAAUAAUAGCAGCAGCAGCAGCAGCAGCAGCAGCAGCAGCAGCACCACCACCACCAGCAGCACCACCUCCACCAGCAGCACAACAACAACAACGCCAUCGAGCUUGGACAACACAUUGCCAUCGCCGCCGAUGCCAACGAAUGCGAAUGCAGCACAAGCACAGGGGCAGGUGCCAUGCACCUGUGGCGUCUUCCUCUCCUCGCAGAUACAGAACGGUCUGCCGGAGACGCCGCUCAUCCACAGCGAAAUGGAUCGCAUGUAUCCGUGCAAUGCCAUCGGACGCAAACAGUGCCAGACCAAGUGCCUGGAGGCGAUUGUACAGCAUUUGCCCAACUCGGCGAAUAUUGUGUGCUCGACGCUGGGACACAAUUGUCACAAGGAGCGGGCGUAUUUGUUCAUCAAGAACUGCCACAACCAGUGGGUGAACACGAAUCUGCAGGCGGGGCGCGAGUAUUGCUGCCGGGAGGGUGUCCCCUAUCGUUGUCCAUUGCUGGGCUAAUCGCCAAAGUGUCUAACGUUUGCAUAUUUUUGGCCAAUUUUGAUCACGAAAUAAAUAUAAAA